AUGUCAGGUCCCUCCACGUCUAACGAGAGAUCCACCGGCCACGGCCAGGGCUUGAAUCCUCACCAACAACAACAUUUGCAACAGCAGCACCUUCACCACGCGUCCCAGUUGGACCAUACCACUGCUGCUGCUAUUGCGUUGGGUCAUGAAAUUCCCAAUCCUGUUAUGGCUCACCUGGAUGAAGAGGCCCGUUAUUUGGGUCUCAACCCGGCUGCAGCUGCUCAGUUACAACAGCAACAACAGCAGUUGCAACAGCAGCAGUUGCACCACCAGCACCAAUUGCAUCACCACCACCAUCCUCAGCUUCACCAGCAGCAGAUGCACCAUCCUUUGCAACAACAACACCACAUUCCUCAGCACCAUUUGCAACAACAGCAGCACAUUCAGCAGCACCAGUUCCAAACGGCGCCUAUGGAGUUUGAAAACGGUGGUUUCCUUGUUUCUAGACAUGCCGAGGGUGAUAUCAUCAAGACUUUCUCCUCCAAACAGGAGCUUGUGAAAUACGUCAAGACUGUAUUGAACGAGGAGGAGCAGUGUAAGAUUGUUAUCAACUCUUCGAAGCCUAAGGCCGUCUACUUCCAGUGUGAGCGCUCUGGUUCUUUCAGAACGACUGUCAAGGAUGCUACUAAGAGACAGAGAGUUGCCUACACCAAGAGAUCCAAGUGUGGUUACAGAUUGGUUGCAAACUUGUACCCUCCAGACAAGGAUAAGGCUAAGAAGAUGAAGAAGGAAACCGAGUUUGACGGCUACCCAGAUGACGAUAAGAAGGAGCUGGAAAUGUGGAUCUUGAGAAUGAUCCACCCAGCUCACAAUCACCCACCUGAGCCUAACUUCGCUUCUGGCGGCGGCGGUAAGAAGAAGAGAGCUAAGUACACAAGAACUUUGGUUGAGAAGCCUUUGAACCGUGGCAACAACGGCACUGCCGCUGCUGUUGCUGCUGUCGCUGGCUACCCUGAGGCUCUGCUCCACGACCACCAGCUUCUUCAGCAACAACAUUACCUUCAGCAGCAGCAACAACAACAACUCCAUCACCAACAGCUUCAACAUCAUGCUCACCAUGGCCAGCACCAUCAUGAUGACGGCAGCCAUCCAUCUGUUCAGGAUGUCGCUGUCAUUGCUGCCAUGGAAGCUGCUCCAGGUAACCACAGUUUACUGAACCCACCUGUGGACCCUAACAUUGAUAGCGUUGACCCUAAUGUGGACCCUAGUGUACAACAACACGACCAUGCUCAUGGCCAUGUACACUAG